CCAGUACCUUCCAAACAAUAAAAAUGAAAGGUUUUAUGGUAGUCAGUUUAUUUAUUGUAGCCGUCAGUGCUUCUCUACUUGAGCAGGACGGUGCCAAGUUCCAAGCUUUCAAGUUGGAACAUGGCAAGACUUACCAAAACCAAGCCGAAGAAACCCAACGCUUUGCCAUCUUCAGAGAAAAUCUUCGUUCUAUUGAAAGCCACAAUGCUCGUUACGAACAAGGCCUCGAAUCCUACUACGAAGGAACCAACCAAUUCGCUGACAUGACACACGACGAAUUCAAAGACAUGCUCGCCCUUCAGGCUGCCGGCAAACCUGCCUUCAGCCCUGACACCGUAUUCGAACUUCCCGAGGGAGCUACUGUUCCCGACUCCAUUGACUGGAGAGACCAGAAUGCUGUUGCACCCGUUAAAAACCAAGGAUGGUGUGGAUCGUGCUGGGCUUUCGCCAUUAUUGCCUCUACCGAAGGAGCUUAUGCUAUCAAGACUGGAAACCUUACUAGAUUUUCCGAACAACAACUUGUUGACUGUACUACUGAUGUUAACAUAGGCUGCAGCGGUGGAGAUUUAGAGAUUACCUUCCCUUACAUUCAAGAAAACGGUGUUGAAUCCGAAGAAGACUACCCAUACGAAGGUAAGAUAUACCGUACUGGCAACUCUAGGAUUCCUAUAGGGUUUAACAAGCGGGACUUCUCGUUUAAUCCUAAAGAGUAUUCUCCUAUGGUCGGAGAAGGAUCUCUCCAGAUCAACCCUCCAAUCCUCGACUAUCAAACCCCGUCCCUCCGUGGUCAAGCCCCUCCUCGGAGUCAGGUCUAUGGAGAGAUCAUCAUCGGUUGUCCUCCGAUCUCCAUAUUCUCAGUCGAGGAGAUACUCCCCGGCGCCUUGCCUUGGGUAGCAUUCUCCUGUACGCAGCCCGGCUUGGGAAGAUCCAGCAAGCCAAGUGUACCACUGCUGGAUCACUGUCGUCGUGUGAAAAUAGGCCCCAAGAAUCCGAAUGGGGGCUCAGCCACCUCUCAGUGGAGCUGUGAGUUCGGAUCGCAUGCCGCGAGCUCGAUGAUGAUGCAGUAUGAGCUCAAUGCCCAGCAGGCCAUCUCUCUACCCGCUGAACCAUUGCUGCCGUUAGCCCUACUGGGGUUGCGUCUAUGUGCAAUGACGCCAUUCAGCGUUUCCCAUUCCACGCGAACGAGGACGCCGGCAGUUGGAAUUUGUGGAACAGUUGGAAUUUGUGGAACAAAGAUUGAUUAUUCCAAUAUCUUUCGAUCAUCAAAAAUGAAAGGUUUUCUGUUGGCUAGCUUUUUAAUAGUUGCAGUGAGUUCUUCUCUGCUUGAGCAGGAUGGCGCCAAGUUUCAAGCUUUUAAGUUAGAACAUGGCAAGACUUACAAGAAUCAAGCCGAAGAAACCAAACGGUUUGCCAUCUUCAGAGACAACCUUCAUUCUAUUGAAUUGCAUAAUGCCCGUUUCGAACAAGGUCUUGAAACAUAUACGCAAGGUAUCAACAAAUUCGCCGACAUGACACCCGCUGAAUUUAAAGCUAUGCUUGGACUUCACAUUAACCGCAAACCUAUCCUUAGCAAAAAGAACAAGCUUAAUCUUCCAGUAGGAGAUUCCGUUCCCGACUCCAUUGAUUGGAGAGAACGGAACGCUGUUGUUCCAAUCAAAAAUCAAGGUAAAUGUGGGUCUUCGUAUGCGUUCGCACUUGUUGGUUCUGUCGAAUCUGCGUACGCAAUUAAAACUGGAAACCUAACCGAAUUGUCCAAACAGCAAAUCAUCGAUUGUACUAUCACUCUCAACUUGGGCUGCAACGGUGGACUGUUGGAACAGACUCCUUACAUUGAAGAAAGUGGUCUUCUAUCUGAAGAAGACUAUCCAUACGCGGAUGCUGACGGUACUUGCCAGUAUAACGCUUCCAAAGUUGUAACGAAAAUCAGUGCUUAUGUCAGCUUCAGUGACAAUGAAGACACAUUGAAAGAAGUUGUGGGAACUGUGGGACCGGUAGUUGCUGGUAUCGAUGCUGACACCAUAAGGUAUUACAAGAGUGGAAUUUAUAAUGAUACCAGUUGUCCUCAAACAUCUGGUUCCUUAGACCAUGCUGUCUUGGUUGUCGGAUACGGCGCUGAAAAUGGCACCGACUACUGGAUCGUCAAAAACACGUGGGGCGAGACUUGGGGUGAAUCUGGAUACAUCAGACUUGCGCGUGGAGUUAACCAAUGUGGCAUAGCAGCUGAAAACUCAUAUCCCGUUUUAUAAAUAAAGUAUACUGAAAUCAUGUAUUAAAAUAAUUAUGCCGUAAUUAAUGUAUAAAUAAUAUGAAAACAAUAAAUAUUAUAUUAUUUUUGGUA